CGUCAUGAAUUCCCAAUUGUUGCCGGCGUAGAAAAUUCAAAGGCGCGUUACUCAAUUAAUUAUAAAAAUCAAAAUCAAAAUAAAAUUGGACCUCCAAAAUCACUCCUCUCACGAAUCUUUUUCUCCACUCCAACAAUUUCGAUUCGCCUCCAAUCAAACAAUAAUUCCCAGUCAAAAUCAAAAGUCAAAUUAAAAUUAGAAUCAAUCAAACAAUUUUCCUGAAUCUGAAUUUCUGAAGAAGAAGAUGGGGAAGAAAGAGGAAGAGACAGUCCUCGGAAUUCCUUACACAGGAGGACAUCCGCCACCAGGAAUGGUGUAUCAGCCACAACCACCUCCUCAGCCUCAAUAUUACUACGUCGCUAAAAAUCCUUAUCAAAGCGGCAUUCUUCCUCCCAACGCCAUUUUCGACGAUCCUAAAGGUGCCCCUAUUCAUCAGACUUUUUACAGAGAUACCCCUGCUCCUUUCUCCUGCGUUUUCUGCUCCCAUUCUUCCGUCACCUCCGUCAGGUCGAAACCUAGUCUUGCAGCAUUUAUUGGCUGUAUGAUGCCGGCGAUGCUAGGAUUUUGCUUCCUUUGCCCUUCCAUGGAUUGUCUAUGGCAUAAGUAUCACUAUUGCCCUAGAUGUGGAGAAAAGGUUGCUGACUUUGAGAAAUCAGAUCCCUGUGCUGUGAUGGAUCCUCCGCAUUGGGUUGAGAGGAGUUUUGCACUAACCAGCUGAAGCUGAUCAGAUGAUGAGUGCUGGAAAUAUCCUGCGAAGUUGUAGUUGAAAACUGUUGUAGUGACAGAUGGCUCAUGGAGAAAGGGCAGGCUAAAUGAGGAUAGAAGCUUGAAGGUUUUUUACAAGGGAGUUGGAAUAUUAUAGGAUGGUCAAUAGAUUAAAGUGAGAAUCAAACUGAAUAAUACAUGUGCAAUAUUAUAGUGAUUGUAGAUUUUAUUCUUGUUGAUAAUUAAAAGUGAAAAAGAAUCCACUCUUGGUCCAUCAUACCGGAAGCAGAUGAUAAGGAGUCAUCUCAUUUUAUUUUUGUUAGAGGUCAUCUUGGUACAUAUGGAGUACUACAUAGUACAUACUCGUUAGCUGUUACUCACUCUGACUGAAGGGCUCUCCAAAUACUCCGCUUUUUUGUGUUUUCUUGAGCAGAUACUGAAUAUAAU